AUGGAAGGUAUUGCAAUUGAUUUAUAUUCUGGAAAUAAUUCGGUUGAAAUUAGAAGAAAAGCGUUUGACGUUGUCUCUUCAAUAAAUGGAUUUCAAUGGGCCUGUAAUAUACUAAAUAAUUACUCUACAGAACGAUUAGAAGUUAUUUUAUUUUCACUUCAAAUUAUAAAACAUUGGAUUUAUUUAUUUGAUAAUAAUGACGCACAACUAAUUGUUUUAUUAAAUUUAUUAAAUAAUUCAUUAAAACAAGUGUAUAAAUUAAAUCAACGUUUACUUUGUGUGAAAAUUGGAGAAUGUUUUAAUGGAAUAAUUUGUAGAAGGUUAAAUGAAAAUGAUUCAAUACUUUCUAUUUAUUUAUCACUAAUAAAAGACAUUAAAUAUCAACCAUUAAUUGUUUUAUUAUUUCAAUUAUUAUUAGAAGACCUUAAUUCUACAAAAGUUAAACAAAAUAUAUUAAUUAAACAACUUUUUAUUAUAAAAAAUUCAUUGAAAAGAAAUGGAUUUGAAAUUAUUCAAUUUUUAAUUAAAAUGAUUUCAGUGUCUCCACAAAAUUCUAUUGUAUCAAUUAAAUUAAUAGCACAAUAUAUUGAUAUGAAAUGUGUUUUAAAUACAAUGUUAAUACCUGGAUUAAGAGAGUUAUUUAUUAAAUAUAAACAACUUCAAGAUGAUAUCUUUGACUGUGUUAAUGAUUUAAUUUCAAAUAAAAACAUUACUAAAGAAGUUAUUCCAUUAUUUUUAGACAUUAUUCAAAUUUUCUUAAAAUCAGGUGAUGAUAAAGCUCUUAUUGUUCUUUUAACAUUUAUUAAUUCUGUUGGAUUAAUGUUAAAUCAAGAAAUGAUUUAUUUUAUUAUUGAAAAUUUAUUAAAUUAUUACCAACUUAAUAUAAAUAAAAUUGAUAUUCUUCAUCAUGAGAUAGAAGUAAUUUAUACAAUUUUAAAACUACCAUGUAUUUCUAAUGUAUUUAAAAUUGAAAAUUCUUCACAACUUAUUAUUCAAUUAAUUCAAUUAAUUAUAUAUUCAUCAUAUCAUUCAAUUAAUCAUCAAAUGAACUGUAUUGACUUCUCCUCUAAUGGACCAAAUGAAAGUCAAUAUAAAAGAGUUCUUAAUUUAAAUAUUAAUACAUUAGAAAUUAUAUUUUUAAAUGACCCUCAAAUAGUUAUUAGUCAAAUUCAGCAAUCUUUAAAUCAAAUAUCUUCUAUUAUUCUUUUAAAACACUCAAAAAGACUAAAUGAAAUGGAAUUAGUUGAUUUAGCAUCAUUAUGUUAUUUCUUUAUAUUUCUCCAACCAAAAUAUGUUAUUCAUUCAUUACCUUUUCAAGAGUUAUUAUCAUUAUAUAAUCCAUUUUUUGAAAUAUUAAAUUAUUUACAACAAGAAAAAGAUUCAGUUAUUUUAAAGGAAUUAAUAGAACAAUUAUUAACUGUCCUUGAAAGUUUUUAUAUUUGUGUUUCAUUAAUAUAUUCUAACCAACUUGAUCAAUGGGCAAAUAAUUAUAUUCAAAAACUAAUAUUAACAAGCCAAAAAUGCUCAUCUUCUAAUGUUUCAAUAUUCUUUAUUAAAACAACAUUUUGCUUUAUUCAAACAAUUGGUAUACAAUGUUUACAAUUUCCAUUUACUUUAUCAAUUCAUCAACAACCAUUACAUUUUUUUUCUCAUUUUCAAGGUUUUACUCAAAUAGAAGCAAUAUCACAAUUCUUAAAUACUCUUCUAAGUUUUACAGAAUCAAAUAAUACUCAAUCUUAUUUCAUUCAAAUAACUUUUCAAAAUGUUUUCAAUAAUUUAUGUAUUCAACCAUUGUUAAAUUCAAUCAAAAAUAAAGACCAAUCUCUUAUUAAACACUUAUGUCUCAUUAUCAUUACAUUUAUUAAUGAAGCAAUUAAUCUUAAUGCAAUUCAAAAAGAAAUGAUAAGUGUACAUAUUAAUACAUUAAUUGGAACAAUUGAACUCUCAGAAAUUUUACAAUUUAGUGAUGAUACAUUAAAUAUUAUAACUAGAAUGAUAAGUUGUUGUUUUAUGAAAUUAACAAAUACCUUAAAAGAAGAAAUUAUUUCAAUAGUUUUACAAAAGUAUAUGAAUAUUUUUUCUGGUCAUACACUUGAAAUAGUAACAUCUUCAAACCAAUUAAAAAUUAAUGUUAUAUGUAUGUUCAUACAAUUACUUUCUAAAUUUAUUUUAGUAUGGAGUUCUAUAUAUGGGGAUUCUCCUUCUAAAACUUUUUCAGAUACUACUUUCUUAGCUUUUUUAUUCUGUUUAAAUGAUAUUGCAAAUAUUCUUUCAGAAUAUACUAUUGGCUCAGAAGUAUUUAGAGAAGGAUUUAAUAUUCUUUUUGAUGUAAUUCAAGUAUUUUAUAAAAACAUUGACGAUUUUCCAGAGUUCUCCGAAAUUGCUUCUAAACUUAUUGAAAAAGGGAUACAAUCUUCCGACAUUGAAAUGGUUCAAAUUAUUUCAAAAAGAUUACUUACAUUAAAUAAAACUAUUUCUUUAUUUUCUCUCACUUCAUUCUGUUCUUCUUUACCAUCAUUUUUAAAUACAUUUAUUAAAGUACUCAUAUCGUCAAUGCACAGUUUUGAUGUAUUAUCAGAAUUACUUUAUUCUAUUAUUUCAUCUUCACCUUCUAAGUACUCUUCAUUUUAUAAUGUUGUAUCAUCUUUCUUAUCUACAACGCUGACUGAUGCAAUAAAAAAUAGAUACUAUCAAUAUUUACUUCAGUACAUUGAACUAAAACAAGAUGAGUCAUUAGUUCAAUUCCAACAACAACUAAAGUAUUUUCAAACAAUAUUUUAUCAUCACAUGAAUGAAGAAAAGAAUAUUUCAAUCUAUGAAUUUGAUGUAAAACAAAAUCCACAAUCAUUUAAAACUUGGUGGAAUUAUGUUGAGUAUUUUGAUGAAAGUCAUUUUCAAUCUAAAAUAAUUAUUUUCCAACGGGCAUUACAUGAAUUACCAGGAAGUUAUAAAUUGUGGUAUCAUUACCUUCAAACCAUUAUUACAAAUGCAAGAAAUAGUGAAAUUAAUACUGAGAUUAGAAAGAGUGUAAAUGAGGGAUUUGAAGAGAGUUUAGUAUAUAUGAAUAAAAUGCCAGUCAUAUGGAAAUUAUAUAUUGAAUGGUUAAUAGAAAAUAGAGAAAUAACUCAAAUGAGAAGAGUAUUUGAUAGGUCAUUACAAUCUUUACCAAUUGGUCAACACAACGAACUUUGGAAAGUUGUUAUGAAAUUUGUGAUUACGUUAGAUACGCCAUUAUUAUUUGAGAAAUUAGUAUUGAGACAUAUUUUAUUGGAUAGGGGAAUGAUUGGAGAAUAUAUUCAAAUUUGUAAAAAGAAAGGAGAAAGGUAUUACCCUCUUGCAUUAAAAUUGUUAAUUCAAAAUGUUAGUUUACAUUCAUUUAGAAUGAAGAAAGAAGAAUAUGACUUUAUGAUUCAUAUUUUUGAAAGUCUUACUGUUCAAGAUAAAGGAAUUGAUAUUCAAGAUAUAAUGAAAAAAGGAAUUCAGGAAUUUCCUGAAGACGCUGGUAGUUUAUGGGUUGGAAUGUCUUUGUAUGAAAUAAAAGAAGGGAGAAUAGAAACAGGAAUUGCAAUAUUAGAAGAAGCAAUGGAUGAGGUGAUUACAUUAAGAGAUCUUUAUAUUGUGAGACAAUGUUAUGAACAGGUUAUACAUAACUGUAUAAAUAAACCUGGAAUAAAAGAAAUAGAAAAACAAGUAAUAGAAGAAAGAAAAGAGUAUGUACUUGGAAAUCAAAGCAUUCAAAUGAAUUUAGUAUUACUUAAGAAAGACCCGUAUAAUGUCAAAGAAUGGAUUGAAAGAGGUAGACUUUAUGUAAAAAAUGGAGAUGUUUUAAGUGGUAUUAAAACAUUAAUAGAAGGAAUUAAAACAAUCCAUGGAGGAAAAGAAGUUAACGGAAAAAAAAAUGAGUUAUGGAGUGAACUUAUUGGAUGGUACCUUAAAGGGAAUAAAAGAAAUGAAGCAAAAGAAUUAUUUAAAAAAGCAAAAGAAGAUAAUUUAACACAAGGAGAAGAAGCUGAAAUUUGGUAUAAAAUGAUAAAAAAUGAAAUUAAAAAUAAUAAUAUAAAUGAAGCACGAGCAUUAUGUGAAGAAGCAACGUUAAGACAAUCAAAAGUAAAGAAUGAAAGAAUGAUUUGGAAAGGAUAUCUUGAGAUAGAAGAAAUAUCACAUAAUAUAAUGGGGAAGUGGAGUAUUUAUGAAAAAAUGAUAGAAUUAAAAAUUAUUACAGGGAGAGAAUUAAUAGAGUAUAUUAAUGAAAGAAAAGAAAAAGGAAAUGGAGAUGAUAUAUGGAGAAUUUACGAAAAAGGGAUUGAUAUUUUCGAAUACCCAGUAAAAGGGAUGUUGUAUAAUCAAUAUAUUAAUGAAUGGUGUUCAUUGUAUGGAGAAAAGAAAAAAGAAAGAACAAGAGAUCUCUUUGAAAAUGCUAUUGAAAGUGCACCUAUUGAAUGGAAAAAGAAGAUGUAUGACCAAUAUAUUGAAUAUGAAAUAAAGAAUAAUUCAUUUAAAAGAGUUAUCGAUUUAUAUAAAAAAGAAGUUAAUGAAAUACUUAAUGAAGAAAAGUGUGAAGUGUGGAUCAGAUAUGCUCAACAAGUGGAUGAAGUCUUUGGAUUUGAAGAAACAAAAAAAGUAUAUUUAGAAGGUUUAAAUUCAAUUGGAAGAAUAGAUGAAUGGAAAUUAUGUCUUUCAUUUGCUGAGUAUUUGGAAAACCAAGAAGACAUUGGGGGUGCAAGAGAAAUUUUUUCUGUUGGAAGUAAAAGGUGUAGUAUUAAAGAACAUGAAGAAUAUUGGGAUAGAUGGAAAGAAUUUGAAGAAAGGUAUGGUAGUGAAAAUACAUUUAAAGAUUAUUUAGUUACAAAGAAAACAGUUAUGAAAUAUUUUGGAGAAGCAGAAUGA